CUGGCUUUGAACCAUGAUCCUCAGAUCUCAGCCUCCCGAGUAGCUAGGAUGGCAGAAGUGAGCCUCUCACAUCCAGCUUCUGUGAUGGAAUUGUUAACAUGUUGGGUGCACUUUAGACAGGACCCCCCUUAUUUUCAGCCAUGGCUUUUUGCAGUGUUCAGGUGGGAGCCAGGCCUUGUGUUUGCUAGGUAAGCACUAACCAUGGAGCUGCACCCCGGCCCAGCAUGACCCCUUCCAGUCGUCUAAGCACCCCGUGGCAAAUCAAGGCUCAGGGGAUAGAUGUUGGGGGCCCUCAGUGGUGGCUCACCACCGCCCCGGGCCUCCUCAUUUCAGGCCGUGGAGGAGGAGGAGGAAAUGGACCCCCCUGACUCUGCCUCGAGGCUUUUCUGCAGCCGGAUCCUGAGCAUGGUGAACACGGAGGAUGUCAACGCCAUCAUCCUGGCCCAGAAGAACAUGCUGGACCGCUUCGAGAAGACCAACGAGAUGCUGCUCAACUUCAACAACCUGUCCAGCGCCCGCCUGCAGCAGAUGAACGAGCGCUUCCUGCACCACACACGCACGCUGGUGGAGAUGAAGCGGGACCUGGACAGCAUCUUCCGCAGGAUCAGGACGCUGAAGGGGAAGCUGGCCAGGCAGCAUCCAGAGGCCUUCAGCUACAUCCCCGAGGCCUCCCUCCUGGAGGAGGAGGAUGAAGACCCCAUCCCCCCCAGCAUCACCACCACUAUCGCCACCUCGGAGCAGAGCACCGGCUCCUGCGACACCAGCCCGGACACGGUCUCACCCUCCCUCAGCCCCGGCUUCGAGGACCUGUCCCAUGUGCGGCCGGGCUCCCCUGCGGUUAAUGGCCACAGCCAGACAGAUGAAGACGAGCUGGGAGGACAGUAGCCCGUCUGCCCCAGGCAGCUCCGGGGGGCGCGGCGCUCCCUGGGUGCGGGGGGGGGGGUGCUGCCUGGCCCUCACCAGUUCUGCCCUCCGGUCUGACAUCCAGGGCUCUCUUCUGAGGCUGUGCGGCCCCUGGGAGCCCGGAUUACCCUUCUUGCCCGCUCCGAAUGCCUCUCUUCUGUAGGUCUGGAGCCAGGCCUGGGCUCCAUCCCGGCUGGCGCUGGGGCCAGGCACACGGAGCCUGCAGGCUCCGAAGGCUCCAGAGGCCAGCGCGGGGCCCCUGCUCUGCCCCAAGUUGGCCUCGCAGCCCUUCGCUCCGACAGAAGCACCCAGCUUUUUCUCCAGUUGGUACCUAGCGGGUCUCCGGGGCAGGUAGAAGGUUCUAGAUGGAGGGCAGGCAAGCUGGGUAGCCCUGCGUGACAAGGCCUGUGCUCGUAGAGGCGCAGACCCCGGUGCGGCCGGAGCCUCGGGCCUCGGGGCCACCUGGGAUGGCGUUUAAGGGAGUAUUUUUGUACCCGAUGUUUACAGACGCUGGGGGGAGCUAUCAAUAAAAGGACUGUUCCUGGGAA